UCCAUAAUCAUUCAGUCCCUGUUAAAGACGGACACCCUAGAUUAGCUAAACUAGCUGUUUCUCUCCCCCCUUGUGACAGAUCUGAAGAUGAGGGCGGGCUCUGGGGUGACUCCUUUUUUCAGACUGGAACACCGAACAACAUAAUCAAGAAGUGCUUUUUUAGUUCUGUAUUUGUUCAUUUUAUUUUAUUUUUCACAUACAUCUUAAAUUGGUCUCAGGAACGGAUGGAUCACGAGCUAUCUUAAUCUUUCAAAGCCGCACAACCGUCUAGACUAACGAGCUUUUGUUUGGAAAAAUCUGGAGGAAACGGAAGUAAUGUGGAUUUUUUUUUUGUGGCUAUCGAUCGCAGAAUUAAGUAAAUUCUUCGUAAACGUAGUACAUUUUAGUACACUUUUUGGCUAUAAACGCUUUCUACACGUCUUUUAAAAGAAAUGUAGUGAUACAGGAUGAUUCAUCCACUUUACGUCUGUCUGUGGAUUUGGUUCUUAAGUGGUGUGUCUGGUAACUAAUACAAAUGAAGUGAAGUCAGUGUCUGUGAUGGAGGGAGAAUCUGUCACUCUGCAGACUGAUGUAAACGUUCAACGAGAUGAUCUGAUACUGUGGAUGUUUAAUGUUAAUAAUGCAGACACUCGUAUUGCUGAAAUACACAGACAGAGCAUCUAUAUAUAUAACAAAACUGUGAUAUUUGUUGACCGAGUGAAGAUGGACAGUCAAACUGGAUCUCUGACCAUCAGAGACAUCAGAACUGAACACUCUGGACUUUAUAAACUAACCAUCAUUCAAGAAAAGACCACAUACAGGACAUUUUCUGUUGCCGUCUAUGAUACAUUUGUUUACACAGAUGAAGUGAUGUCCGUGACUGAGGGAGAAUCUGUCACUCUAAACACAGAUAUAAAGUUAAGUGGACAGAUAGAGGAGAUUGUGUGGACGCAUAAAAUCAAUAAUUUAGACAAUAUUAUAGCUGAAAUCAAGGGGAAGAACAUCAACAUAUAUCCCAAUGUGGUAUAUGGAGACAGACUGCAGAUGGACAAUCACACUGGAUCUCUGACCAUCAGAAACAUCACAACUGAACACUCUGGACUUUAUAAACUCCUGAUUCGCAACGACAGAGCACUCUCACAAAAGACUUUUACAGUUACAGUGUAUGCUCAUCUUCCUUUUCCUGUCAUCAGCAGAAACUGUUCAUUAUCAUCAUCUUCAUCAUCUGAACGUUCAUCAGUGUCCAGAUUGUCAGUGUUGUGUUCAGUGUUGAAUGUGAGUGCUGUGAGUCUCUCCUGGUACAAAGGAAACAGUGUAUUGUCCAACAUCAGUGUGUCUAAUCUCAGCAUCAGUCUCUCUCUACCUCUGGAGGUGGAAUAUCAGGAUAACAACACCUACAGCUGUGUGGUCAACAAUCCCAUCACAAACCGCACCACACAUCUGAAUACAAGUCAAACCUGUCAGGAAAGAUCAGAACCCCUGCAGAAUUCACAUUUGGUGGGAAUAACAGUUAGUGUGAUACUGGUUUUGGUUGUAUCCAGUGCAGUACUGAUAUACUUUCAUCAAAGAAAAUGCAAAUCGGUUCAGACUUGUGACGAAGAGGUACUUUACGCAGAAACAACAUUUCAUGCACGCAGAGUUCAUAAGGCGCCAACUAAUCAAGACGACCACAUCAUAUACUCCAGCGUUAAUGCAAGAUGACAUCGAUCCCAGCUUUUAUAUGCAGUCAACAAUAACAAUAGCAUAUAAAAAGUCAUACUGAAGUAUUCAUUUCAGGACUAAAAGUGCCUCUGCGCUGUAGUUUACCAUGGUUAUUAAGCAUUUUCAACAGUAGCAUAGCAAGUGGAUAGAGCUGAAUACAGUAUUAAAGGGGGAUGUUUUGUGCUUGUCUUAGUUUGAUAAUCUAAAGAGCUAGUUGAAAAAACACAUUUGGUCAUACUGCUUUUAUUAAUGUCAAACAUUUCAGAAUAAUUUUUAACUCGGUAGAACUAACUUUGAAAAACAUUUCAUAUAUACAGGGUGUCUGCGGGGUCUUAAAAAGUAUUAUAAUUUGAUAAAUCAAUUAUGAGAACAACUGUUUAUUAAGUUAAAGGUUUGAUACUGAUUAAGAACUUGAAGUGGUGACGAGGUUAAAAUAUUACAAGGUCUUUAAAAAGGUAUUGAAAUUUUCUUUAGGAUUCCUGCAUAUACCCUGAUAUAGAUGACUAAGGCGUUGCUGCACAUUAGAGCUUGAAUGUUUGACAGUUACAUCAGUUAGUCUUAAAACCUGUUGAUACUUGAUUUGUGGGUAGUCGUGUAUAAGAAAUUUUGUCUAAGGCAAGACAUGUUCUGACAAGCUCACCUGUGUUUCUGGAUUAUUUCUACUUUUAGUUUAGAUUUAACAGAGAACUCAGGAAGACGUGUUGUAAUAAUUAGCAAUAUUGGGACCAAUACACCAAUCCAAGUCCAAAAAUGUCAUACUAAGUUCUAAUUGUAUACAUAUUUAGUAUAUUUCUACACUGUUUACAUUGCUAAGUAUAUUUUUUUUAUAUUGCCUUAAGUAUUAACAAAAGCAAUUCAAAAGGAGCUUAUCAGUGUAAGGUGUCCUUUGACCAGUCUGACUGUUACUAAACGUGCUGUUAAAACCGUUGAGAUUAUCCUUUUGACAACGUCUUUUGUUCAGAUGAAUGGGAGUGUCAAUAGUUAACUGACAGUUAUUUUAUGGGUUUCCUUCUUUCCAAACAGAACUUAUUCCUGACAUUUUGGCAGACCAAUUGAAUGCAGCUGUUAAACUUGCAAAAUGGGAACUUUGUGCAGCUAAUGCUGAAAAUUUCCAUUGUAUUUAACAUUUUAGCUCUGAGCCUAAAACAGAAAACUUUGCAUUACACAGCAUUUUCCUUGUACUAAUACUGUAUUAUGUAGCCUUAUGGGAAUUAUUUUCGUAAAAGUCACAAGUAGAGUAUUAACACAAAAUGCCUCUUUGUUUUUAUACAGUCAAUUAUUUUAUUAUGACAUUUCACUGACCUCCACAUGUUUACGUUAAGUGUUGCCUCAAUAAAAAUCGUUUCCUCUGACAAAAAUAAUUACUUAUAGUUUACUCACGCCUUCACUUUCAGCAGCUAAACCAUGUCAUGUACUAAAGGGGAAUGGCAGUAUUUGUAGAACCAGGUCUGCCACAUUGUAAUGCCAUUAGUGCAAAUAAGCAAAUAAAAACCUUUUGCUAAAUGCA